AUGCAACUCGCUGUUCAUGAGAAUGAUGCAGACAUAUUAUUAAAACAAAAGAAUGUACUUAGUGAAUCGGUUUUAGACAAAUACAGAGUCGCUGGUCAAAUAGCACAAACAGUAAUGAGCUAUGUCAUUUCAUUAAUUAAUGACUCCUACCAUUUGGGUAAAACAGAAAAACCAUAUAGUUGUCAGGAAUGUUGUGCAUUGGGAGAUUCUAUGUCAAUAAAACUUUUGUCAAGAGUAUAUAACCAUGAUGUUAGAGAGAAAGGAAUCUCCAUUCCAGUGACAAUAGAAUUGAACGAAAUAGCUAGUGGUUUUUCACCUGAGCUAGAUGAUGAUUCUAAGUUUUUCUUUAGUGAAGGUGAUAUCGUAACUAUUACCUUGGGGGUUCAUAUAGAUGGCUAUACGUCAAACAUUUCCCAUACCAUGGUGAUAUAUCCUCCAGGUGUUGCUGUUAAUAACACAUUGAAACCAAGCGGUCCACUCUUGGGCUCUAAAGCAGAUGCUAUUUGUGCUGCUCAAUUGGCAGUUGAAGCUGUUGUUUCCUUAAUUGGUUUGGCAUUAACUCCUGAAAAAGUCCCCGAAGAAUUGAAAAUUGGUAAUUCAAUCUCUGGUAGAAGUAUCAGGUUAGUUGUAGAUUCGAUAGCUGAAUCUUUCAAUUGUACGGUCGUUCCAGGCUCUAAAGUCAGAAGAAUUAGAAGAUUUUUGGCUGGCCAGGCGGAAGGAAUAGUAGCAGAAAAAGAUUUCAAGGGUGUCGUUUGGGAUGAAUCCCACCAAGAAGAAAUUUUGUUGAGAAAAUCUAAUCAGGUCAAGAAUCGAGAGUUGAUUUUAAAUGACAACGAUUCAUCGAAACCAAUAAUAACUAGUAAUACAUCUGCCGUUCCGUCGGAUGAUUUUUCAAUAGUGCCGGGUGAAGUAUAUCAGGUUGACAUCAAAAUGAGUCCCGUCAGUGACUUCAAAGAAGUCGGAUUAGUUACAUUGGAAGAGAUCGAUCAUUUCACGGGAAAAAAUGAAAAGAAUGGGUUUAACUCUCGUCCCACUAUCUACAUCAGAGAUUUGGCCGAGUCCCACCAAUUAAAAUUGAAAACCGCUAGGAAAUUAUUGGGAUAUGUUGAUAAACAUUUCUCAGUAUAUCCCUUCAAAUUGUGCUAUACUUCUCCUUGUUUCCCAAUAGACUUAUCGAAGAACAUAGAUGAACAGAUACAGAACCUCAGAAAGGAGUUGAAAUCUAACAGACUCGGGUUAGCAGAACUCUCGAACAGGCACCUUAUAAAACCACGUCCGAUUCAAAUAGCAAAGUUCAUUAGUCUUGAGAAAAUUCUCAAGAGUGCAAAUACUACAGGAAAGCUAGGCAUUGAUCCAAACAAACCCGUAUUGCCAGGAAUGGAACUUCCAUUACCGCACUUGAAUAUCUCGUCUUUGAAAUUAAGAUCGCUUAUGAAGUUUGCAACCAAUGUUCCUGUAGCAAGAGAACUGGUUUGUGUAGUGGUUAACAACUUGAACAAUGACCUUAUAAGACUCACAGGGGGACCAAAGUCGGCUAAACCAAGCUGGGUCCACUCGAACUAUAGCUUAAGAGGAAACUAUGCAGGUGCUAUCAAUGCUUUGUUUCAAUUAGCAGCUGACCACCGUUUUGGAAUUGCCAUCAAAACUUGUAACCCUUACAAGCUUCUGCUGACCUCUAAUAACACUGAGAAUAUGGUUUUAGACUGA